UGUGCAGAAGGCUAAACAGCUAGCGUAAAAGAACUUCUGAUAACGACACAAUGGCUUUGGUGUCAGCAGACACCAAAAUCGCCGAGUUACUUACUGAACUCCAUCAGCUUAUUAAACAGACCCAGGAGGAGCGUUCGCGCAGUGAACACAAUCUUCUAAACAUUCAGAAGACGCAUGAAAGGAUGCAGACAGAAAACAAGACUUCUCCAUACUAUCGCACAAAGCUAAGAGGACUGUACACCACAGCCAAAGCAGAUGCAGAGGCUGAAUGCAGCAUAUUGCGUCACGCACUUGACAAGAUCGCAGAGAUCAAAUCACUCCUAGAAGAGAGGCGUAUCGCGGCUAAGAUGGCAGGUGUGUACAGUGACAGCGACCCCCCCAGGAAGACGAUGCGCAGGGGCGUCCUAAUGACACUCUUACAGCAGUCGGCCAUGACGCUCCCUCUGUGGAUCGGCAAACCGGGAGAGAGCCCCCCUCCUCUAUGCGGGGCGAUACCUGCCAGCAGUGAUUAUGUUGCUAAGCAGGGGGAUAAGGUGGCAGCUCGGGUGAAAGCCGUGGACGGAGAUGAACAGUGGAUUCUGGCUGAGGUGGUCAGCUACAGUCACUCCACCAACAAGUAUGAGGUGGAUGAUAUCGAUGAAGAGGGAAAAGAGAGACACACGUUGAGCAGAAGGAGAAUAAUUCCUCUCCCGCAGUGGAAAGCCAACCCAGAGACGGACCCAGAGGCCCUGUUCAGCAAAGACCAGCUAGUCCUAGCCCUCUACCCACAGACGACCUGCUUCUACAGGGCCCUCAUCCACACGCCGCCGCACAGGCCCCAGGACGACUACUCGGUUCUGUUCGAAGACACGUCGUACGCCGACGGCUACUCUCCGCCCCUCAACGUCGCCCAGAGAUACGUGGUCGCUUGCAAGGAAAACAAGAAGAAGUGAAAAGGAGAUAGAUAAAAGAUUAAGGACCUGACUGAACUUAUUAAAGAGCGGGCGUAUGCCUAAGUUUGAUUGCUGUAUCUAUCUGGGUUUUUUGGGGGGGUUUUUUGAUGGACCUCUGGAAGGAACAGUAGCAUUGUGAGAAGUGACGUGCCCACUUGUAUUUGAUUGGAUGUUCUGUCUGUGAUGUGUCUGACAGGAGAGUUUAUUGUUUUUGGUCAGUGGUGUGGCGUUCUGUAUAUAGUGUCGGUACCUGUUUUAUACUGCAGUUUUUUUGUAUGACGCUCUUUUGUUUCAAGGUCAAAAUAAGACCGAUAGAGCAUGGCAUGUACAAAAAUAAACACUUUUCAUGAUCUGGGCUA